AACAGGAACGGCGAUGGUGAUUGGUUCAUUUUUUCUGUAGUUCUUGCCUUGGGUUCAUGACUUGUAAACAAAAGCGCAAUUGAUAACAUGGAGUUUAAGUUGGUAUUAUUUCUUGUCGUUGUUCUAACGGGCUUGGUAUUUUGCAUCCCACCCCACGAUCAGGUGGCCAAAGUUGCCAGGUUUGUAGUCCAUAGGUGCGACUGGGGCUCAUUGGCAACUAUUUCGACACAGCCAGAGGUGAAGGGGCAGCCGUUUGCCAACGUGUUUUCAGUGAGUGAUGGACCGGUGGAAAAGGGCACUGGUGUGCCAUACUUCUACCUGACUGCUAUGGAGGUGUCUGUGAAGGAUUUACAGAUAAAUCCAGUAGCUUCUUUAACUGUGUCUCUAGCAGAGACUAAUUAUUGCAAGAAAAAAGGAUAUGAUCCAGAAAAUCCACUGUGCGCCCACAUUAUUCUCUCUGGAACUGUCACAAAGGUAAAUGGUACAGAGUUGGAUUUUGCAAAAGGAGCUCUGUUUACUCGACAUUCAGAGAUGGAAUCUUGGCCCAAGGACCAUAACUGGUUCUUUGCCAAGCUCAAUAUCACCAACAUUUGGGUCUUGGAUUAUUUUGGAGGAAUCAAAACCGUAUCUCCAGAGGAAUAUUUUAAUGUGAAACCUUAAAGAGCUGCUUUCAAAUGUUGGUUAUAAAUGUCUUCUGGAAGUGAAGAUACAAUGAUCGUUACCAUUUCUGUGUGCCUUGCAAUUUGAAAUAAUGUACGCAGAGGAGAAGCAAAAAGUGUUGCUUGGGGCUUUCUGUUUGCUUUAUAGUUUUUGGCUUAUGAAAGCAUUGUCUGCACUUUACAGCAUCAUUAAUUCAUAUGAUUUUGUUGUUUCCUUCAUUUUGCCAAGAUUUGGAUAGCUUACUGCUUUCUCCUAGUUUUGUAAAAGUGGGUUUUUGUCUGUCAAAGAGAAAAUAUUCCUGCAUUAUAUCCAUUUGAAAGUAAAAGGUCUCCAGAGUAUUGGCGUAUGGAGAUAAGACCCUGUAAAAAAAAGCAUUAAGGUGUUGCCUUAUGAAGGGAAAUCAUACAAGCAAGCAGAUUGUUGAGCAGUGGAUCAAAGGUUCGUAGUUCAGCUAUUGCAAGUCUGUUCAUUUGUGAUGAUAAAGUAGUAUUAAAAAUCUAGAACAUUACAAGACAUAGAAAAGUCAUGCCAUUGACUUAGAAUGCAGUGUAUGUACCACAAUGUUUGUUAUCCCUGCAGGAUUGUUCCAUUUGGUAUUCUGUAUACAAACAAUAAUGACAGAAGUGAGCAGUUGGGAUGCUUGCAGUGUGUUGAAGUGUCUAAAUGUAAAACUGAACUUCGGUCAGAAUCUUUGUUGCAGGAGUGGAAGAUCCAAAUUUAAGGAUGGAUUUAGAUACCCAUGCAUGAUGGGCAGUGUACAGCAGUCCUAAACUUGACCAUGUACUAUGUAGAAUUAUUGUGGUGCGAGUCUUUGAGAUCCAGCUGUUUGUAAAUAGGAUGGACAUGUAGAUCUGUAAGGGUUACAGAGACUGUUUCUGUACAUCUGGACGCAAACUUUAUAGUUGACCAAGAUAGAAUCAUGCCAUGUUUCGCCAUUCCGUUCUUGGAGUAGUUUGAUUUUCAUGCAGGUUAGCUUUCUCUCUCUUCUUACCAUGAAGGUCACUAUAAUAAAGGGUGCAUUGAAAUUAAGUGGUAGUGUGGGAGGAGGAGAUAAUGCCAAGU